AUGGCUGGCGCGCUCCAGAACGCGAAGAGGGACCUACCCAAGAUAGUUGAUGAGGGGCGCGAGUCGCGCUUCGGCCAGGUCUAUGGCGUCUCCGGACCCGUCGUAAUUGCGGAGAACAUGACGGGAGCUGCUAUGUACGAGCUCGUCCGUGUGGGACAUGAUGAGCUUGUCGGAGAGGUCAUUCGUAUCGAUGCGGACAAGACGACAAUUCAGGUCUAUGAGGAGACAUCGGGGGUUACGGUCGGCGACCCCGUCUUGCGCACAGGGAAGCCACUGAGCGUAGAGCUUGGCCCAGGUCUUAUGUCCAAUAUUGUCGACGGGAUUCAGCGACCACUCCGUUCCAUUCAAGAACUCUCCAAGUCGAUAUACAUACCCCGCGGAAUCAACACAGACGCCCUCGAUCGGUCACUCAAGUGGGACUACGACCCAAUCAACUAUAAGGUUGGAGACCACAUCUCCGGCGGUGACAUCUUUGGACGCGUCUAUGAGAACUCCUUGGUCGACCAACAUAAGAUCAUGCUUUCUCCACGCGCCCUUGGUACAAUUACCUGGACCGCAGAGAAAGGCAGUUAUGCAGUGGACGAUAUCGUGCUGGAGACCGAGUUUGACGGAAAAACUACGAAGCAUACGAUGAUGCAAGUCUGGCCUGUCCGGGCACCUCGGCCUGUAACGGAGAAGCACACCGCGGAUUAUCCUCUGCUCACCGGACAACGCAUCCUGGAUGCGCUGUUCCCAUGCGUGCAAGGUGGAACAACAGCUAUUCCUGGUGCCUUCGGUUGUGGAAAGACCGUCAUUUCUCAAGCGCUAUCCAAGUACUCCAACAGCGAUAUUAUCAUUUACGUCGGAUGUGGCGAGCGAGGAAACGAGAUGGCGGAAGUGUUGAUGGACUUCCCAGAGCUAACCAUGGAGGUCGGCGACCGCCAAGAGCCUAUCAUGAAGCGUACCGCGCUCGUGGCGAACACCUCCAAUAUGCCUGUCGCGGCGCGUGAGGCGUCCAUUUAUACUGGUAUCACGCUUGCAGAAUACUUCCGUGACCAGGGCAGCAACGUAUCCAUGAUGGCUGACUCGACAUCUCGGUGGGCUGAGGCGUUGCGUGAAAUUUCUGGUCGUCUGGCAGAGAUGCCUGCUGAUUCAGGUUAUCCGGCAUACUUGGGCACGAAGUUGGCUAGCUUCUACGAACGAGCAGGUAAGGUAACCUGUCUUGGCAAUCCUGUUCGCCAAGGUACUGUAUCAAUUGUGGGAGCAGUCUCGCCUCCGGGUGGUGAUUUCUCAGACCCUGUCACGUCGGCAACGCUUGGUAUUGUGCAAGUCUUCUGGGGUCUUGACAAAAAGCUCGCGCAGCGGAAGCAUUUCCCGUCCGUCAACUGGAACAUCUCGUAUUCCAAAUACACGAAGGUGCUCGAGCCACACUAUGAGACGACCGAGCCUGGGUUCGUGGAGCUGCGCACAAAGACGAAGGAGAUUCUCCAAAAGGAGGACGAUCUAGCGGAGAUCGUGCAAUUGGUUGGCAAGAGCGCCCUCGGCGAGGCGGACAAGAUCACGCUGGAGGUCGCGCGGAUGCUGAAGGAUGACUUCCUCCAGCAGAACGGUAUGAGCGAAUACGACCGAUUCUGUCCGUUCUACAAGACGAGCGCGAUGUUACGCAACUUUGUCGCGUUCCAUGAUGCUGCGCUCAAGGCGGUUUCACAAAGCGACAUCACGUUCGCGCGUAUCAGGGACUCUGCCGGCGACAUCAUGUACAAGCUGUCGCAGAUGAAGUUCGAGUCGCCAUCACAAGGAAAGGAACCAAUCAAGCAGAGCAUGGACGCAUUAUAUAAUGAGAUCCAGGAGAAGUUCCGGCAGCUCGUAGAGUAA